CGUGGUUAAUGGAGGCCGCCAUAUUUUGGAUGAAAACAAACUUGUUGAAAGUCGAACCCUGCUUUAAUGUUUCUUCUGGUUUCGUCAAUUAUCGUGAUUUACCAAUAACAAUUUGUACUGAAAUUUAAAGAAACAUUUAAUUUGAAAUUGAAACUGUCAUUUAAAAUCAUGGACGAUAAGGGUAGCCCGUCGUCAUCUCUAAACUCAGCGAGCACCGGCGACACAGGUCAUCUCCUGCAUGAGCUUAUGAACUUGCAGAAAUCAAAUGCCAUGUCCAGUGCAAGCAUUUCAUCAACAUUGAAUAUGAGAGAAAGUGCUGAUGUACCAGGACCAGGGGAGGCAACUGCUCCAACAAUAAAUGAACUUAUGCAGACAUUCUACAGUCAAAGCCAGCCUUCUCAUAGGCAGCUUAUAACUUUACAAGGAUCAGAUACAGUCAACAGUUUCAGUGUAUAUGGACAGGAAGUAGAUGUAGUGGCUAGUAAGCCCAUCAGUACUGGUAUCUUGUCACAGCCAACAACAGGCAGUAAUAAGGUUAAAAUUACACCAGUUGUGAAGUAUGAUUGGGAAGCAUUAUUCUAUGUUGGGAACCUUGUCGCUAUCCAUCGUAAUAAUACAUAUGCUGCCUAUACAUUAAGAGGAAAAUCUGGUGGAGUUGUCAGGAUAAUUAACAGAAAGACUGCAGAGAGAGCACUAUUGAAAGACUUUGCUGGCCGUGUUAUAGACAUUGCCUUUGCUCACACUGAUGAUAUUCUAAUUGGUGCUGUUGAUGAGAUUGGUAACCUUAUGGUGUACCAUGUCAAAGAAACUGAUGAUAGGAAAUUAAUUGUAUUGCUUUCUCUGCACAUCCGACGACCAGAUGGUGAACAGCCAUCAGAAUUCCACCGUGUUAUCUGGUGUCCAUUCAUCCCCGAUGAUUGUGAUGAUAGUAGUAUGACAGAGUCUUCUACACAAGAUGCUUCUAGAGUACUAGUCUUAACACAUAAUGAAAAAGCAGAAAUAUGGAAUAUAGAACUGGUCACUAAAGAACAUGGUAAUGGACCACUGGACGCAGAAGAUGUGGAUUUUGGUUUGAUUAAAAUUACAAGUCACACACAGCCUGUUAUGGAUGCUGCCUUCUCACCAGAUGGCACUGCAUUAGCUACAGCUAGUCUGGAUGGUGAAGUCAAGUUCUUCCAAGUUAAUAUGAAUGAAAGUACAUCACCAAGGUGUUUGCAUCAAUGGAAACCACAUGAUGGAAAAAAGCUGUCUUCCCUUUUCUUCCUGGAUGAUCAUAAAAAUUCUAGCCCUGAUGCCCAGUUUUGGAAGUUUGCUGUCACAGGAGCUGAUAAUAAUCAGGAAAUCAAAAUAUGGAGCUGUGAAUCUUGGACUUGUUUACAAACACUAACAUUUGUUUGUGCACCUGGAUUGCCAUCAAAUUUUCAGAUAGAUCCCUGUAUGAAAGCAGCAUUAGACCUUGGUGCUAAAUACCUCAUUCUUACAGACAUUAAAAGAAAGGUUCUUUAUGUGUUACAGAUUUUUCAAGACAAUACAAAUAACACUGCCCAUUUUAGUUCGAUCUCAGAAUUUAUCUUAGCCCAGCCAUGCCUUAGCUUUGCCAUUCUUGAUGCCAGUAAAAAGAAGUUUAAAAAGACAGGAGAGGACUCUAACCUUGAUGACAUGACAACAGGUGAAUUAAUCAAAGAUGACCAUGAUGAUAAUGAACAGAAACCAGAUGUUACUUCCUCAGGUGUACAGAUAAGGCUAUACACUGUACACCCAAAAGCUUUACAGGAACUACAGAUCCGAUUUCAGCCAGAAUCUUCUGCUCCACCUCCACCCACGCCAUCCAUUAGCACUGUGUCACAUGAUGAUACAGGUAUUCAAGAUGCUUUAUCAGAUCUGAGUAUGGAUACUAAUAACCACAAUAGUAGUCAAGAUCUAUCACAUCCAUUACUGCUAACUCCUGAUGCCUUUACCUCUAGUCCAAGAAAAGCACAAGCAGAUACCACAGUGGAACAAACAAGAACCAGUAUGGGAUCCAGUACAAGUUCAUUUACUCAUGUUACUGGUUUACAAGAAGAACUUUACUCUCCACGUAGUAGUCAGGGUAACCAGUCUGUAAUUUCAGAAGGCAGUACCAUCACUCAGACUCCUAACUCAAAAGAAUAUUCUCCACAUAUUGUAAAUGGGGAGACAACUCCAGGCUCAGUUCCACUACCACCAGUGUCAUCUACAGAAGAGAAUGAGCUAGAGACACCUAAGUCUAAAGCUCAGUCUGGGGAAAACACUCCAAUAUCAUUAGAAAGACUUAACAAUGUUUGUAUGGAUGAUUUCUUUGAUACACAAGGUAGUCGUCAGACCAAUGAAAGGACUUUGGACACUGCCAGCACGACUGGAUUUGAGGUUGUUGAAGGAAGUCAGAAACCUAAAAGUCCUAAGGAAUCAUUUGAUGAAAAUGAUGAAGAAGUUGCUGGAGUUUUAGGUGAAACGUAUGACGAAGAAGACAGCAAAGAUGUGGAAGGAACUCAGCCAUUUGUGGAACAGUCUUCUGAGAAGAGUGACAUGAAUUCAACACAAGGAAGUGACAAGGUUAUCAGGGCUUGGCCCCUCCCACCAGAUGUCAGCAGUGAACAGGGGGAGGAAGAAGAAGAAAAUGAACAAUGUAACUAUCAGGAUCAAGAUGACGGUGAUGAGGAUGUUCAAGUAGAGGAAGAGGAGGUGGUAUGUGAAGAAGAAGAGGAGGAGGACACCAGUAGAGAGAAAGAGGAACCAGUGCCAGAGGUCAGCAGUGAAGAAAUAGAAGAACAUAUAUUGGAGGAACAAUCUGAAGAAUCAGAACAGGAAGGACCCAAAGAAGCACCAGUGGCAGAAAAAGUCAAGCCUCAAAUAAUAAUUAAAGAAGUACCAAUUAGAAUCCAAGAAGUGCGAGAGAUUGUCAGGGAAACAGUAGAUAGGAAGGCUUUGUCUCAGCUUCAAGACAACAUACAGAACAUCCUAAAUGCUUUGGAAUCUCAAAAUGGUGUGAUAGAGAGACUGCAGGAGCAAUUAGCUGACCAGCAGGAGAAACAGAAUGAAUUACAGAGACAACAGAUAGAGAUAGAACAACUCAGACACAUGUCACAGCAACCUCAGCCAAACAUUGAGGAACACUUAGGCAAAUUAGAGGGCAUUGUUACAUCUCGUGUGGAGAGAAUGUUCACUCAGCAUGCUCAAAAAGAGAAUCAGAGAAUAAAUCACAUCAUGCAGCAGUCAGAGACGAGAGAAAAGCAGCGACACGAACGAUUACAACACACACUGGUACAAACAUUGCAGAAGUCUGUAGCUAGUAAUGUGGAGGACCAGGUCAGGGAUGAAAUGAGAAAUACAGUCUUACCAGCUGUAACAAGAUCUUUAGAACCUGUUAAAGAACAGUUGCAUCAAGAAUUGGCACAAAAAUUAACAGCGACUGAUUCAUUACUGAAGGAUAACAUUGGUAAAAUGAUUCGAUCUAAGCAAACAACAGAAGCCAUAGGAUUAGCUGCAGGCAAUGCUUUACAGACUCCAAUACAGGCAGCAUAUAGAGAAGCAUUCCAAAAUAUUGUUAUACCUAACUUUGAUAGGGCCACUCAAAAUAUGUUCCAACAAGUCAACGAAGCAUUCACAAAAGGAACAAAAGAAUAUAUCAGAACAUUGGAAACUCAUUUGGACGUAAUUAAACAGAAACAUACUGAGGCAAGAGAUCCUAUUGUAGCUCAGAUGAGGAAAUUAGCUGAUUCUUUCCAGACUUCUGCUGAAUCAAUGAAAGCACAAGUCACAGCCAGUAUCCAGACUCAAGUCCAAAGUGAAAUGCAGAAUUCUUUCCUCAGUCUGCAGGAAACUUUGAUCAGAGCUGUAAGGCAAGCUGUAAAAGAUGAAGUAAAUACUGCUGUCCAAGAACAAGGAGCUACCAUUAGUAGUAAUGUACUUGAUGCCAUGAGAUCAGGGGCAGCUACUCCUAUACCUACUAGUCCUGAUCCACAACAAGCUAGAACACAUAUCAUGCAGUUACUCAGACAGGGACAAUUAAAUGCUGCAUUCCAACAGGCUUUGUCAGCAGCUAAUUUAGAACUUGUAGUAUUUGUAUGUGAGACUGUGAAUCCUGCUCAGAUAUUCAACCAAACGCCAUGUCCCCUAGAACAGCCAGUUUUGUUAUCCCUCAUUCAACAACUGUCUGCUGAUAUAGGGCAAAAUACAGAACUUAAACAUAAAUAUUUAGAAGAAGCUGUGAUGAAUUUAGAUUUGACAAAUAAGAUUACACAGGAGCAUAUGAGAGGUGUAUUGUACAGUCUGAUACAGAAAUUAAAGAACUAUAUCAGUCUGCAUCCAAAUGAUAAAACAUGUAGACAUCUUAAAAUGUUACAGAUGGCAUCAGAAUCUUUACUGAAGUAGAUGGAAUCAAAUUUAAAUAAUGGAUUUUAACAUUCAAUUGUGUCAAGACUCAAAGUUAACGUUGAUAGUAUAUUGUUGUUAUAUUUCUUUUUUUAAA